CCAAUCUCCACCGAGCCGAAGACCUUCAGUGACCACCUGUGGGACAUUCAACUUUCGAACACAUGGCUACAGGGUUCUGCUCUUCAUUUGGACUCCUAGUCGUCUUGUUGCUGAAGAACGUUGCUGAUGUUGGCGCUUUCCCAUCGGUGCCUCUGUUCAGUUUAUUCACCAAUGCUGUAAGCAGGGCACAGUACCUUCACAUGCUGGCUGCCGACACUUACAGGGAUUAUGAGAGGACCUAUAUCCCAGAAGAGCAGAGGCAUUCUAAUAAGAACUCCCAUGUGGUGUCCUGUUACUCUGAAACCAUCCCUUAUCCGACAGACAAAGACAACACUCACCAGAAGUCUGACAUGGAACUUUUGCGGUUCUCUCAGACCCUCAUUCAAUCGUGGCUGAAUCCAGUGCAAGCCCUGAGCAAAGUGUUCAGCAACAACCUGGUGUUUGGGAGUUCUGAUGUGUACGAGAGGCUGAAGUAUCUGGAGGAAGGCAUCCAGGCUCUGAUGAGGGAGCUGGAGGAUGGUAGCUUCCGCAGCUUCCCCGUCCUGAGACCCCUGUACGAGAGGUUUGACAUCAACCUGCGCAGUGACGAAGCUUUGGUAAAAGUCUACGGCCUUCUGUCCUGCUUCAAGAAAGAUAUGCACAAAGUGGAGACCUACCUAAAAGUCAUGAAGUGCCGGCGCUUUGUAGAAAGCAACUGCACCAUUUAA